AUGAGUCAACCUCUCGCUCCGGUCCCAGCAGACGAUUUUGUCUUGCCUGUACCAAAUUCGCGCUCGGAAGACUCGCAGGCAGGUAGAAGAUCUACGGAUUCCUCAUGGUCACAGAGGUCUCGAAUGUCGUCUCACAAAACACCUCCGCCGCACCAGAAACCACUUCGUGGCGUUUGGCGGCAUACAAUUGGGAUCAUCCUGCUCCUGGCCACUGUAGUUUUAUGGACAGCGUCAAAUUUUCUAGCAAGUACAAUUUUUGCAGAUGAUAGCUACUCCAAACCAUACUUUGUCACUUAUGUCAAUUCAUCCUUCUUCUCUCUCUUGCUGCUACUGGUUGCUGCAAAGAGGCUGUGGGCAACCGGCGGAUCUAUAAAGGGCGCUAUUCGUGGACAUGAUCGGUCCACCCACUAUUUGCCUAUCGUUGAAGAGGAGGAGCAAGCCUUUAUCAAGCCUGACGAUGACGGAGGCAUUCAAGAAGCAAGCCGGUCACCGCGUAGCCGGUUACUGAUCGAAGAGCCAUCGAAGAGCUCCGGAGUGGAAGGAAGUCCUUCAGAAAGGCGUCUGAACGUUCGAGAAACUCUGAAAUUGAGCUUUGAAUUUUGCAUAUUAUGGUUCCUAGCCAAUUACUUCGUGGCAGCAUGUCUCGAAUAUACUACCGUCGCUAGCUCAACCAUAUUGACAUCAACGAGCAGUGUCUGGACUCUGAUUUUUGGUGCACUGCUCAGCGUAGAGAAGUUCACCAUAAAGAAACUUGUUGGCGUACUCGCUUCUCUGGCCGGCAUCAUAUUGAUCUCUAGCAUCGACAUAACUGGUAACCAAGACAAGAACCGGGGAUCUUUCCCCCACAAGUCCCACAAAGAAAUCGCCAUUGGUGACGUCCUUGCUUUCACUAGCGCUGUCAUGUAUGGGAUCUACACUACUCUCAUGAAGAAAAGGAUAGGGGACGAGUCAAGAGUGGACAUGCCAUUGUUUUUCGGCUUCGUUGGAUUGUUCAACUUCAUCACACUGUUACCGGGCUUCUUCAUCCUUCAUUUUACCGGCAUCGAGACAUUUGAAUUGCCACCUACAAGGCGUAUCCUGGCUAUCGUAUUGAUCAACUCAGCGACUUCUCUAGUUUCGGACCUCUGUUGGGCAUAUUCAAUGUUGCUCACGUCACCUUUGGUAGUCACAGUUGGCCUCAGUCUGACCAUACCACUGUCUUUGAUUGGACAGAUGAUCGAAUACUCACAGACAUCAAGCGUAUCUUACUGGAUUGGGGCCUGUAUCGUCCUCUUAUCCUUCGUCUUCGUUAAUCACGAAAGCACUCAAAAUGAAGAAAUGGGAAAGCCAGAGGAAGAAGACUCGCUUGGAAAGCCAAGUUCACUUCUACAGAGAACGUGGGGUAGAGUGAGGCCGCAAAUGCAGUGA